UGUCCUUUUAUAAAUAGCCAAAAUGUUGAUGAUUUACAAUGCGAAAAAAUUAAGUACCUAAGCCAAUGGUAAAAUGCUUAGAUUAUAGAUACAUCUGUGGUUAAGGUAAAAUACGAGUAUAACUAGACAAACAUCAGAUGUAGAAAAUGUUCGUAUUAUGGCACACCUGCCACUUGUUGUGCUGUUGCCAUGGUGACAGGUGACAAGAUGCCAAGCUAGGCAUUGCAGUUGCGGCGUGUGUUUAUAAUACUGAGAAUGGAGUCGUCGGUUAUUUUGCGUAUAAGGAAAGGAUCUGGAUUUGGUUUCCUGGAAGAGCCAAUCCUCAUUAGAGCAUCAUUAGCUGGAACUGUACACGAGACAGAAUUAUGUCAGCCGUCAGAAGAACCUAUUCUGGAUGUUGAGUUACACUGGGACACGGAAAAGAAGGUGGUUAAGAGGUUACGAACACUAAGAACUCAGUUAAGGCUGGAAUGUUUGACACAAUCACACAAACGUAUUGGUUAUUUUCUGGUACCUCUCACAACUGCAUGGAUUAUAAAGCAUGGAGAGGAUGUAAAGAUGACAUUGGUGGUUUUUCAGAAGACAGCGAUGACUCACAUGAGCUGGAGAAUGAAACCUGUGCUGCUGAUAGGAAUGAUGGUAGUUGAAGACAAAUGGUACAAGCUAAUCGAUGCAGGGUUUUGUAAACCACAUAAACCAGAACUUUUAAUAAGCUUACGAAUUGAAGAACGAGAGAGAAUACAAGUGGACUCAGAAAUAUCUCAGUCUGAAACCAACAUAGAGAGUUGUGAAUCAUUGUUACAAGAGUCUGGUAGCCAGACAUCGUUUAAUUCAGAAUAUACUUGUCAAAAUUCCCAACUAUAUUUUCCGGAAUUGUGUGAGGCUGAAGGUUUUAUACAGAUUGGUCCUCAAGGAGAAACAAAAGAUAUAUUUUUGUUCACAGUAUUUAUUGGUGACUCUGGACAUUUGAGCUCACUUAUAACUCAUACAGAAGAUCAUAAUUCAGCAGAAAUGCACUUUAGUUUUAAUGUGUUGGGAGUAACAGUACGGACAAAUCCAUUAGUAAACAUAUCUGAACCAGUUGUUACAAUGAAAGAGAAAAGCGUUUUUCGCAUCAGAAGCUCUCUAAAAAUAUUACAGAAGUAUUUUUUAAGUAAACCUGUUAUGAAAAUAUGCCUGAUGAAAGGGGAAAAAGAAUGUGCUGCUUCAGAUGUCGAUCUUUCUGCACUCAUUCCUGCUGACAGAAUACUAGAAUUUAAUAAUGAAUCAUUCAGCAAGUGUGUAAAACAUAAGAAGCAUUGCAUUUUAUGUACAUCAGGCACAGAAGUGCCACAGGAAGUUGCACAUGAACCAUUUGUUGAUAUUUUGGUGAAACUAAAAUAUCUUGGCACAGGUGGAGAAGUUUUGUUACUGAACACUGAAGAUACAGAGCUAGCUAGAACACCACUGAAAAAACUACCAGUUGAAACUCUUGAACUCAAGGAUGUUGCAACCAGUGUUAAUAUACCGGAUUUGUCACUCAUGGAAAAGUCUGCUGAAAUUAAUGAUGAUUUUAUUACACCAACUCCAGGCACUCUGAACACAGCUGUGGGACCUGGAAGCUUCUGCUGGUCUGUCAAAACAAGUGAUAAUGUUGAUCCAUAUCAUAUCUACUGCCUGCAAAUAGAGUUACAAGAGAUCAUUUUUUACAAGUAUCCACCACAGGAAAAUUUCUUUUUUAUAUUUAACCAUUCAAAGGCACAAAUUUUAACGACUGCUCUUGAUGAAGUCUGUGUACAUGAAGUGAACAAGUAUAUACAUUUACAAGGCUUUGGGUGCAAAAUGCAUUUUGAAGCACCUGUUCAGGAGAUUGAUAAGCAGCUUCUGACGGAACCACCAACAAUAUCAAUUUACAAUAAGAUAAAUGGAGAAAAUAUUAAAUUUGCGGAAGCACAAUUAGAUGUGGCCCUCUUGUUCUUAAACAAAGAGAAGCUCUCUACGUCAUCUGCAUUAAUAUCAGCACUGAACAAGGGUGAAAUUGUUGGCAUUUUGACAGUCUCAGUGGCACUCAAGGAUUAUGGUCUUCAGUUGCCCAUGGAUGUGAAAGCUAAAUAUACUUCCUUAGAGCAGGGUAUGAGCCCAUUGGUGUGUAAUAACCAGUUGACCUCAAAAGCUGUGAAGGAAUUGGAAGAAUGGAAAGCAAAACAGAAAGAAAUUUUUAGGGAGCAGCUACAGAGGAAAGAAAAUUAUUAUUUGAGUGUUUUAUCAGCAAACUGGGAAUUUAAAAAGGAAGAACUUGAAAAAGCUAUUAACAGUAACAUACAGAAAUUUAGUGCUUUAGCGCAGUCACUAGAAGUCUCAGCUGCUGAACUUUAUGUACAGUGUACACGGGCCAAGGAAGAAGAAAUUCAAUUGCAAGAAUUAAAGGAAAUGUACAGAAAAACCCAAGAUGAACUGAAAAUUGAGCGAACCAGUCACGAUCUUGCAAGACAGGAAUGGGAGAAAGAAAAGGCCACAUUAAAACAGAAAAACCAAAGUCUUGAGGAAGAACUAAAUAAAUUAAAAGACACAAUCUUAAUAUUUAAUCCCAGUGGUGAAACCUCAAACAUAGUAGCAGAACUUAAGGAAAUGGAAGCCAAAUAUCAAGAUGCCCUCCGUGCAAAAAAGUUUUUUAAAGAAGAGCUGGCCUUACUGCUCCAUGAACACAGGGAAGAAAUCCAAUCACAGAUGAAACACAAUAAGGAGGAACUUAAAGCCCUGGGCUUGGAGCAACUGUUACAUCGGGAAAUGCAAGAUUUGCAAAAGGAUCAAGAUUUCAUUGCAGUUGCACCACGACUUUCCAUUCCUGUUCACCAGAAGUCACCUACAACCUUUAUAAAUUGUCACGAAGAUGUGCAGCGUGAUGCUUCAAGACUAAUAGAAGAGAUGGACACACUUCUCAGUACAGGAAACUAUACUGAAGAUGAUCCAGUUAUUUUGGGACUAAAAAAUGAAAUAAGAAAUCUACAGUUGUAAAAUAACUUAACCACCUACGCACAUAAUUAAAUUGUUAGUCUGUUUCUAACAAAGAUGAGGAGUAAUCUCUUGGCAUGUCGUCAUAAUACUGUAUGUAAUACAUGACUCUUAAGUGGUG